AUACCUGAAGCGAGCACAAUGGCACCUACACUGUUAGAGAAGCAGUGCUGUGCUAAGUGCAGGUCACGUGCCCAUGUGUAUGAGAUCAUCUCACUGGUCAUGUGCCCUAACAUUACCCUUAAGGAGUUCCAGGUGUAUUCAUCCCUCUGCCACAACUGGGCCAAGCAUACAGACUUUUAUGGCAGGUCAGCAUUGCAUUUGGCUGCAUCUUGUGGAAAAACUGAAAUAUUGGAAUGGCUGUUAGAAGAAAAAAAACUGGAUAUGAUGGUUAAAGAUUUUGAAUCUGGCUUCACUGCUUUACAUAGGGCUAUUUUUUAUGGUCAACUUACUUGUACUAGAAUGCUUUUGCAGUACAAUUGUGACACACAUGUGAGAGAUUAUGAAAGCCUAACCCCAUUAGAUAUAGCAAUGAUGGACAGACCACCUCAUGUGACCUUCACAUUAAAAGAACCCAGCGAGGUCUACACCUGGGGUGAAAACAAUAACAGCACUCUGGGUCAUCCCAGCCCUCACAAGAGAACAUCUCCUGAGGCUGUGGAGGUGUUCAAGAAAUCAGGGGUGUCUCUCAAGCAGAUAGUCCUGUGUAAAUACCACAGUGUGUUUCUCUCACAAAGUGGACAUGUCUACACAUGUGGCCACGGUCAGGGUGGAAGGCUGGGGCACACUGACCAGCACACAGUUUUGGUCCCAAGACUACUGGACAGUGUUAAAGAAUACACUUGUUUAGAAGUAGCUGCAGCAACAGACCACACAGUUUUAAGGAUGGGAGGAGGGUUUGUGUACACGUUUGGCUUGAACACCUACCACCAGCUGGGACUUAUGCCACAUGCUGACACAUGCCCUGAGCCAAGACAGAUGAAUCUGAAGCCACUGAAGGGCAAGAGCAUCAGUGGGGUGUGUGUGGGCAGGUUCCAUACUGUUGUCUGGACACCCGACAGUGUCUUCACAGUUGGCCUUAAUGCUGGACAGUUGGGCCACCAAAGGGGAGAGCACUACCAAAGCACACUGCGCCAGGUUUCUUCCCUGCGUCACACAGACAUAGGCAUUGCCAGAGUGGCAUGUUCUGAUGCUGCCACUGUGUGUCUGACAACCAAAGGUGAUGUGUAUGUGCUGCAUGAGUAUCAGUGCAAGAAAAUUGCUUCCAAGUGGCAGGAUAUUGAGCAGGUACUGGUCACUGGAGGUAAUCUUGACCACUCAACUGGACUUGGUCUGUUGACAGAAAAAGGUGGACAAGAGCUGUUGGUCAUGUUAAAAAAUGAACCUGGACAGCUUUUUCUGUGGCGAAAUAGUAGCCCAAGUCUGAAGCGAUGCCAGUUUGGUUUUAAAAGACAGCUGUGGGUAUCAGAUGUGGCCAUGACAACAUCCUCCAUCAUAUUCUGUACCAAGAGGGGGGAGGCUUUCAUUGGUCAGUUGUCCAACAGGAAACCUGGUAGGGAGCUAGAGAGUAAACACACCAAGGAGUUGGUGAAAGACUGUGGUGAUGGCUUCAACCAGCCCCGCCUGCUAGAUCUGCUGCUGAGGGACGAGGCUGAGGAGGUCUCCAUACACAGGGUGCCAGUCGUACAUAGGGCGGUCAUGGUGGCUGUGGACCGCAAGGCUAGGAACUUCACUGUGGUACAGCCUCUACCUAAUGGAUGUUUGACUGAACUUCCUUCUGUGAACACUUCUGAGAUCAGUGAACAUUUCCGGAGGUUAUACUGUGAUGCUGAUGUAGAGGACAACAUUCAUGAUGCAGUUAUUCAGGUUGGUGAAAAGUCUUGGCCUGUACACAAGUACAUCAUCUCCCUGAGGUCAGAUUAUUUCCGCAACCUGAUAGCCUCCAACACCUGUGUGACAGGUGAGAAACCCAGGCUAAAGGUGGACAAUGUCAGUGUGGAGAUCAUGGAGCAGAUCAUCUCCUUCAUUUACACAGACACCUGUGAUUAUUUACAGCCUGGCCACAAAGUGUUGACCAAACCAACAGCCAAAGACAAGCUUGACCCCAGUAAAGUUGAGCCGGUCAGCCUGAUACAGACUAAAGGGAUGUCAGCCUUUCAAGUGAACCAGAAGCUGAACAAGGGAGCUAAGAAGAGUGCCCAGAGUGAGAGCAAGGAGGAGCUUCAAGUCUCCAACAAUCCUGUCAAGUUGUUGCAAGAUGCUGCCAGGAAGUUUGGGGUCAAGGGACUCUCUAAAAGGCUGGAGGCAGUCAAGUGUGUCAACAAUGUGAUAAUAUCUCAGGGUAAAACCAUGGCCAAACCACGAGUCAAGUUUGACAGAAGCAAGCUGCCAGAGCUGUGUGAUGUGAGCAUCAACACUGAGGAUGGGGAGGAGAUAGAGUGCCACAAGUGUGUGCUGGUGGCCAGGCUGGAGUACUUCUACAGCAUGCUGUCCACUGGCUGGGUGGAGACCUUCAACACCACCAACCUCACCCUGCCUGUACCUGGACAGGUCCUGGGCAUACUGCUUGACUACCUGUACAGUGAUGAGGUGCCACAGCUCAGAGACUGCUGUGAUGAGGAACUGUUGUGUAGCCUGUUGAUUGUGUCAGACCAGCUGUUGGCCAGUAGACUGAAGGAGAUGUGUGAAGUUGCUCUAGCCAACACAUUGGCAUUUAAAAAUGUGGGUGAGUUGUUGGAGUUCUCCACCAUCUACAACGCUCAACAGCUGAGACUAUCCUGUCAACAGUUCAUCUCUCUCAACCUGGCAGCCAUACUGGAGGGAAGGUACCUGGAUGUCCUAAGUCAGGAGACCAUGGAUGACUUGACAGUAUACUACAGAUCUAUUAUACCAAACAUGGCCUACAGAGUGAUGACCCCUGAAGAUGAUGGGCCUACAAAAACCUACCUGGAUGACCUGGUCAAGGAAUACGACAGUUUGGAUGGGGACAUUCUGCAGGUGACCCCACAGGGCUCAGCUAAAAAAAGCAAGCAGGUGAAAAAGCGAGCCAAAGCCAAGAAGAUGUUCAGUGAGGAUGUGGAUAAAAUAAACGGCUCGGCCCAGUCUGGAGCCAGUGUAGCCAAGCCUAGCCCUGCUGUGUGUGAGAGGCUGGACAAAGAGGUCCACUCAGUGCUUGAAGAUCUGGACAGGCAGGCUAAGGAAGAUGACAAGAAACUGGUGGCUCAAGCAAAAAGUAAAGAUAAAAUCAAGUGGAGACCAGCUGAGUUAGCUGACAUACCUGUUGUUAAACCUACCCAGCCAGAAGACGUCCCUCACUGGCAGCCUAGCUUUAAAACUCUAGUCAAGACACCCCCGAGGCUGGAGAGUGUGUCCCUGGUCCCAGACAGACCUCUCACAAGUCCUGUCAUGCCAGCUAGUCCUACCAGCCUGAGGGACAUCAUGCUACAGGAGUCACAGACAGCUGACAAAACAAAAUCCAGUUUCUCUAGCCGGGUAUCAUGGAAAGAUGUGAAGAAACAACAAAACAAGAAAAGUAAAGAGUCCCCAACUUCUGAACCAACAUCAGCACCCAUUGUGUCCCCUAAGGCAGCAGCUACUAAUCCAUGGGCUUCCAUCAGCAGUGCUUCUCAAUCACUGAGGGAUGUCAUGAUCCAAGAAGAGAAGUUUGUGUCCUCUCCUAUAGCCAUACCCCAGCCUGGUGCCACAAGAAACAAAAGCUCUGCUCCUAUAGCCAUACCUCAGUCAGAGGCAGGUGUACCACGGACCAGGGCCUCUAACAGCAUCAGUGGUGCCAGCAGUCUCGGCUCCUAUGGCAAGUCCCCACCUAGUGGAUCUGUCAAGAGUGUUCAGUCAUUUGGUUCAGGGGGAGAGAACCCAUGGCAGCAUCGCAUAGCUUCUAGUCCUCCUUCAUUACCUCCCCUGCCUGCCAUCAACUUCUCAGCCAUACUCAAAGAUGAAAAAGAGAAGUCAGAGACCCUUGUGCGCACUCAGAAAAAACCUCUGGCCUUGAUCCAGCUGGAAGAGCAAGCCAUGAAUGAACUUCUGACCCACUACAAGGCUGACCAGGAGAUGGACAGGUACAUCACAGUGGAGCGUGUCAGCAAGGCAAUAGCAGCACCCUUGUGGAACAGGGACCCCAAGUCACCCGGGUCAGGGGUCUUGUAACUGUAGCUUUGUUAGAUCCAGUGACCCCAAGUCACCCUGGUCAGGGGUCUUGUAACUGUAGCCUUGUUAGAUCCAGUAACCCGAAGUCACCCGGGUCAGGGGUCUUGUAACUGUAGCCUUGUUAGAUUCAGUGACCCCAAGUUAGUAGGGUCAGUAACAGAGGUAAAUAGUCCAGCUGAUCAUGUGAUCCCACCCAGUGUUACCACCCACAUCCAAUGUUUUAUUUCACUUGUACAGAUAUGUCUUCCCAACCAACUUUGCUGAUAAACAUUCCCAUUACAUGAUCACUUGUCAAUAAAUUAUUGCACCAAUAAAACAACUAUUUUUUUCUAUUAACAUACACCAAUACUAAGCAUUUACCAGUAACAACAUGGGCAUAAAACACCAAAAGUGUAUCUAAAUAAACAUGUAGCUUUAACUCAAAUCAUUGAAGUUCUCAUGUUGAUAUUUACCUUGUUAUGCCUGUCUCACAGCUAUGAAAUCCCCCCCCCCCCCUCCUCAAUCUUGUAUGACAUUUGUUAAUUAUGUGACACUUAUUAAAUGUAUGUGACAUUGUUUUUUGAAAUGUUUAUUCAAAUACCUUGUAUUUUAAUGCAUAUAUUACACCUUAUAUUAAAAUUAAUGUUUUUUGACAUAAGAUUGCUAUGUAUGGUAAACAACUUAUAUUAAAAUGUAUGACACCAGACCACCUAAUAACAAUGUUACACUGUAUAAUUUAAAUGUAUGACAUAGUUGACCUGUGUCAGCAUGAGUAAUGUAUAAAUAGUUCUUAAAGGAUUUUUUUUUUUUCAUCUUGUCAGCUCAAUAUUUGUUAUGGUUCAAGCUUGAAAUUUCUGUAAAGCCUGAACUUUGUAUCAGCCAAAUGUUUAAACUUGAGUGGCAAGACUUAACUUACUUCCAUCCCCAACCGUUACAUUAUGCCCUGUGUACCAGUUGUUGUUGAGAUCAAUUUGUUAUUUUACUGUGUUGGCUGUUGAGCUGUGAUGGUGUUGACAUCAUGUUUGACAUGCUUACAAUUUGGAGCUUGUAAAAAAAAAAAUAACCUACUUGAAAAUGAUAUUAGAAAAUUUUGUUUUAAAAAGGCGAAUAUAUUUAAUCUGAGACUUAUUUUCUUUCAUGUUGAUUGUUUAUUUUUAGAAUUCAGUCUGCAUGAUUUUAAAAACUAUAAAUCAGAGAAUUUUAUCCUUGACAUGUAAAAAAAAAUGUUUUUGUUUUGUAAUUUCUAAUAUUACUGUUUUAUAUAGUGGUUAUUUAACAGUAUUAUAUUUAACAAGAUUCCAUGAGUGCACUAUAGUGAUGUACCUUAAAUUAGAUUUGUUUCCCUGGUUUUCUGCUGUGUAAAUUAACUAAUCAGGAACUGUACCAGUUAGACUAAUGUGUAGUAUGUUAAUACUUGAUCUAACAGAUGGAACAUUUCAGCCAUUUGAUCUUACUUCUUGUAUUAUGUGUUACAUUAACCAGGGGCCUAGAUUCUUGUAAUAUAUGUACAAUAGACACUUGGCAUUCACUUGUUGUUACCAAAUGAUGAGAGAAUUCUUUUCAAAUGUUUUUGGCUUUUAAAAAAAGUUCAAUAAAAAAAUAAGCUAACUAAAUGUGUGCUAUCUGGCAACCUG